UCUUCACAAUUUCUUAUAUAAGACCAUUUUGUCAUUCAUGCUUCUUGGCAAACCAAGUAACAUAACCACAACAUUUGUAAUAAAAAGAGUAUUUUAUUGAUACUAUCUUUAAAUUUUUGCGCCCAUACAUUCCAUACAUAUUACCCUCAUGGAUAUGGCGUCAAGUAUUUUCAUCUUCAUUCUAACUAUUAUUUUGUGUUACAAGACUUCGGUAGCCACAUCUCGUGGUGGCCUUUUUGAAGCUUCUGCCGUGGAGAAACAUGAGCAAUGGAUGGCUCGAUUCCAUCGUGUUUACACCGAUGAAUCCGAAAAAAGAAAUAGGUUUGCUAUAUUCAAGAAGAAUUUGGAGUUUGUUCAAAACUUCAACAUGAACAAGAACAUCACGUACAAGUUGGAUGUCAACGAGUUCUCUGAUCUCACCGACGACGAAUUCAGGGCAACACACACAGGACUAGUUGUACCGAAGAGUAUUACCGAAAUUUCAGCAUCAAAUUCCGAGAAAACGGUGCCGUUUAGAUAUGAAACCGGAACAGGAGGAUGCUGGGCGUUUUCGGCGGUGACGGCAGUGGAAGGUAUCACAAAGAUUACUAAAGGCCAGCUCGUAUCGUUAUCCGAGCAACAACUCUUAGAUUGUGAUAGAGACUACAACCAAGGAUGUCGUGGAGGGAUAAUGUCGAAGGCAUUCGAGUAUAUAAUCAAAAACCAAGGCAUCACCACCGAGGAUAACUAUCCAUAUCAAGAAUCACAACAAACUUGCAGCUCAGCAACUACCCAAUCAUCGUCUUUCCGUGCCGCUACAAUCAGCGGAUACGAAACAGUUCCAAUGAAUAAUGAGGAAGCGUUGUUACAAGCGGUGUCUCAACAGCCUGUUUCCGUGGGGAUAGAAGGCUCGGGGGCUGCGUUUAGGCACUAUUCGGGUGGGAUAUUCGAUGGAGAGUGUGGGACGGAUUUGCAUCAUGCGGUCACGAUUGUUGGUUAUGGAAUGAGUGAAGAAGGGAUUAAGUAUUGGGUGGUGAAGAAUUCAUGGGGGGAAACUUGGGGAGAAGAUGGUUUCAUGAGGAUCAAGAGAGACGUGGAUGCACCCCAAGGAAUGUGUGGUUUGGCGAUGCUUGCUUUCUAUCCUCUUGCUUGAAUACAUGUAGAUUGAUUUGUGUGCUUGAAUUAAUUGCAAAAACUCAGAUUAAAAAAUAUAAAUUCUUAAUUAAUAACAUUAUGGUCCCCAAUCCCCAUGUUUUCAUAUGCAAA